AGCUGAAUGUGUUUUCAUAAAAAAAAUGUUAAAAAUUGAGACUAUGGUUUUUAUAUCUGUAGGAGCAGUAUGACCACACAUGGGAAGGAGUUGAGACAAGAUGAUGAGGCCCUGAGACCACUUACAUGGGAGAGGCAACACACCAUGCAGCCUGGCCAGUAACAAACCAUGAGAAGUGUUCUCCUGAUGCUGAUGCUGUCAAUCACACAUACCCAGAGCCUCUCCUCAUGUCCAGCCUCCUGUGUGGUGUGUUCUGAAGAUGCUGUCAUCUGUUACAAGCUCUCCAACAUCCUCGAGGCCCCUGAGACCACCAAGGCUCUGAUGCUGACCGACGGCACCAUCGUGUCCGUGGACCGCCACUUCCUGUCUGACAUGUCCAGCAUGACCGUGCUGUCCCUCAGCCACAACGCCAUCACCACCAUCACCCACGACGCCUUCCAGAACCUCACCGUCCUCCACACCCUCCUCCUGGACCACAACCACCUCUCCAGCCAGGCCCUGGGGAGGGACACUUUUUCCUGGCUGCCCAGGUUGGAGAUCCUCAAGCUGGGGAACAACGCCCUCGGGGAUGUCAACGGCUCCUGGUUCCAUGCCACCGGGGCCCUGCGGACGCUGCAGCUGGAAGGGAACCGCCUCUCCAGGCUGGACUCCACCACCUUUGCCUUGGCAGACCUCCAGGGGCUGGAGACCUUGGAUCUGUCCGAUAAUCUGAUCACCUAUCUGGGGAAGGAUAGCUUCCGGGGCCUGCUGGGGCUGCGUAGUCUGGAUCUGUCCAGGAAUCAGCUCCGGAGCGCCCCGCCAGAAGUGUUUUCGUACCUAUCGUGGAUGUCUAGUCUGAACCUGGAACUAAACUGGUGGAACUGUACAUGUGAGCUGAGGAAGCUGGCGUCUUUCCUCACCAGCUAUAUGGAGGCUCCGGAUAAGGUACUGUUCAACGGGCGUAGGAUGGUGUGUGUGAGUGCUGACAACCCGGCAGUGAAGACUGUGCUGGAGCUGACAGAGGCCAACUGUGUUCCAACAAAUGAGAACAUCACUGUGCAGGUUGAGGCUAAGAACGCCAUCUCCUCUCAGCGUUAUACCAGAGACCUGGCUCUGGCUGCAGCCUUCUGCUUUGCUGGUGGCGUUGGACUCACCCUUGCUGUGGUGUACAUUGUUUACUGCAAACUGGGGAUGAACAAGAGCCUGAAGGUCUGGAGAGACAGGACUGGAGCUGAGGAGGAUGAGAAUGGGAGGAGAGCUCCCACCCAAACAGUCACCCAGUGGGAUCUGAGCAGGGAGAAUGAGGCUCUACGUAUGGUUCAAAUGGGACUGGAAACCAAGCUGACCAUUCCCAAUAGCCACCUUCAGCCUUGGGACAGGGAGAGAGCCAUGUUUGACCUGAGAAUAGGCAAAGAUUGUGGCCAUUUUAGAUGCCCCCAUUGUGGCCCUGCAGUCAGUGGGUCUGCAAUGGAACAGGGGGUAGGAGAAGGACACUUGGGGGCAGCCCUGCACAUGGUCAGACAAGGAGGCCAGCCCAACAAGAUGGAGAGUCUGGCCAUGACAGAGGAGAGCGAUGAGAGGAAGAGACAUGUGCCCCAACAAACACUGAUAUCAAAGACAGAAGAUCUAAGCGAUCAAAGGUCAUUGGUCGGGCCACCACAGGGUCAGAGCAACCAUAUUCUUAGUCAGGAGGAGUUACUCUAUCACCAGCAGAGUUUAAAUAUAAAAAGCCAUGGUGGUUCUAAUGGCAACAACCAGCUAUUGGGUGGCAGGAGUUACUAUUCACCUGCACAUGGAAACAUGCCCACACAUAAAAGUCUAAAAGAUGAGAUGGUAAGACCUGGAAAUCACAUAGGCCUUGACAACAGACCAUCAAAAAUGGACUUCCAAUCAGAGCAUGGUAGAACUGUACCUGACUGUCAACACCAAACCGUCAGCUGUGUGAACUGUUACAGAACCUAUGAGUAUGGACAGCCAGGGGAGAAUGUCAAAGAUUUAUUGUAUGACAUCAGUGCAAGAGAAUCUGCUGGGUAUGAUGGUUCUCCCAACCACAACCCACUUACAAGGCUAAACACCCGAAGGAGCAUGAACUGCAACCAGUCUAAUAUGGAUAUCUAUGCAAAGCAUGCAAGCAAGCAGAAGAGUGUGACUUUUGACUUGGAAAGAUCUGGAGUGCAUGUUGUUGAUGUACAAAGGAUGAACCAUGACAGGGAAGAUAAACAUGACAGGAUUAAAAGUUCUAGGAAAGUGGAAAAUGGUGAUAAACAGAUCCUGAGCUAUGAAAGCAUUGGACGAUCUGUGAGGAGUAAUGGUCUUAAAAGAGAGGACCACUCCAAAAGGCAUAAACAUAAAGCCCAGUCAGAUGGUUUACUAAAAGUGAAGCUCAACCUUAACCCUCUUAAGAAAAGCAAGGUCCAUCCAAGGAAAAACAGCCACGUGAGACUAGAACAGAGCGAUAGAGAAAGAACUGACUCCAAGAACCGAAAACAACUGCAAAUGACGGGUAAAGAUGCCAAAGAGUCUAAAGAAAAAACAGACAAAUCCAAUAAAGGAAACUCGUCUCACAAAAACAAAGCCAAUCAGUCAUCCAAAAAGAAAUCUACCACCAGCAAGUCUAAAGAAACUGAUGAUAAUGAAGAUCAAGAGGAAGAAGAUCCAGUGCCACAGGAAAACAAUGCAUCCUCCAAGCAAAAAAAGACAAACUCAAAAUCAAAACAUCAGGCGGGCUCCAAGAAGAGUAGAGCUGAUCCAGAUCAGAAAACCGACGUCACACAAAAUAAAACUGGAGGAGAAACAGAGGUCUCUGGUGGAGCACCUAUACCAAGUAAUGUGAGUCCUUACCAAUCAUACAUCAACAGAGCGGGUGGGAGUUCAGCCAAUGGGCAACAGGUGGAACAAUACAGAAAUGGACAGGGCCAAGCACCGAUCCCUGAGGUGCCCCAACACCCCGGUUACCUAGGCGAUGGAGUGACUCUUCAGAGGACAUUGAGUAGCCCACAACUGUCAGCAGCAAAGCCCCUCAAAGGAAUGGAAAGGACUUCCAGUUACAGUAACCUUGCUGUCCAGGGAGGAAACUCUAUACUAUUACAAAACACUGUUGCACCAAACACCAUUUAUGGUGGCAACUCACAGGCUCAAAGUCUGAGUAGAGGCAGUUUAGGUCCGCCAUCUUUACUGAUUAACAUCCCACCCACAUCCCCACUAUAUACAGACAAUGCAAGGAGCUCACCUGUAAAUCCACUGAUUCAGCUGUUGUCACAGUCAAUUCGAGGCAACUCCAACCAGAGGGCCAUGAUUAGCUCUCAGCCAGCCCAGUUUCCAGUACCCCAAAGAGUGAGAGAUCUCACUCUGCUUGCCCAGGGUCCUGGAUCACUAAAUGGGCAGAAUAUCUCUCAGCUUGCCCAGGAUCCUGGAUCACUAAAUGGGCAGAAUAUCUCUCAGCUUGCCCAGGGUCCUGGAUCACUAAAUGGGCAGAAUAUCUCUCAGCUUCCCCAGGAUCCUGGAUCACUAAAUGGGCAGAAUAUGUCUCAGCUUGUCCAGGGUCCUGGAUCACUAAAUGGGCAGAAUAUCUCUCAGCUUCCCCAGGAUCCUGGAUCACUAAAUGGGCAGAAUAUCUCUCAGCUUGUCCAGGGUCCUGGAUCACUAAAUGGGCAGAAUAUCUCUCAGCUUGUCCAGGAUCCUGGAUCACUAAAUGGGCAGAAUAUCUCUCAGCUUGCCCAGGGUCCUGGAUCACUAAAUGGGCAGAAUAUCUAUCAGCUUGUCCAGGAUCCUGGAUCACUAAAUGGGCAGAAUAUCUCUCAGCUUGCCCAGGGUCCUGGAUCACUAAAUGGGCAGAAUAUCUAUCAGCUUGUCCAGGAUCCUGGAUCACUAAAUGGGCAGAAUAUCUCUCAGCUUCCCCAGGAUCCUGGAUCACUAAAUGGGCAGAAUAUCUCUCAGCUUGCCCAGGAUCCUGGAUCACUAAAUGGGCAGAAUAUCUCUCAGCUUGCCCAGGAUCCUGGAUCACUAAAUGGGCAGAAUAUCUCUCAGCUUGCUCAGGAUCCUGGAUCACUAAAUGGGCAGAAUAUCUCUCAGCUUGCCCAGGGUCCUGGAUCACUAAAUGGGCAGAAUAUCUAUCAGCUUGUCCAGGAUCCUGGAUCACUAAAUGGGCAGAAUAUCUCUCAGCUUGCCCAGGAUCCUGGAUCACUAAAUGGGCAGAAUAUCUCUCAGCUUGCCCAGGAUCCUGGAUCACUAAAUGGGCAGAAUAUCUCUCAGCUUGCCCAGGAUCCUGGAUCACUAAAUGGGCAGAAUAUCUCUCAGCUUGUCCAGGGUCCUGGAUCACUAAAUGGGCAGAAUAUCUCUCAGCUUGCCCAGGAUCCUGGAUCACUAAAUGGGCAGAAUAUCUCUCAGCUUGCCCAGGAUCCUGGAUCACUAAAUGGGCAGAAUAUCUCUCAGCUUCCCCAGGAUCCUGGAUCACUAAAUGGGCAGAAUAUCUCUCAGCUUGCCCAGGAUCCUGGAUCACUAAAUGGGCAGAAUAUCUCUCAGCUUCCCCAGGAUCCUGGAUCAGUAAAUGGGCAGAAUAUCUCUCAGCUUGCCCAGGGUCCUGGAUCACUAAAUGGGCAGAAUAUGUCUCAGCUUGAUCAGGGUUCUAGUUCAGGUCCAGGCUCAAUAAACGUAGAGAGUUUCUCCAACAACAACAGUAUGAACCCCGCAGUUGCCCCUGUUCUACAGGAGUACCUGUCCUCAGCAGAAGGCUCACCCAGAAGGAUUAGACUGGUGCUGCCUGAGAGAACCACUAACAGAUCGCCAACUGCUCUGGAGAGGAAAAUCCGAUAA